GCAGAGAGAGAGAGAGAGGCAGAGAGAGAGAGAGGGGCAGAGAGAGAGAGGCAGGGUUUCGGCACUCGGUCGGUAUGUAGCAGCAGCGGAGCUUCUGUCUGGGAUUACAAAGAGAGAAAAACGCGCCUUGAUUGAAAAUAUCAGCACCGGGAUUAAAAAAUAAAACCACCCGACGAUGAGACACGCACCGUCCGCUUGAAGGAGACUAAAAACACGCCUUUAUUCCGCUGAUUUAUCCCCGUUUUUUUUACAAAAAUGGCGAACGACUCUCCGGCCAAAAGUCUGGUGGAUAUAGACCUGGCAUCCCUGCGGGAUCCUGCUGGGAUUUUCGAGUUGGUGGAAGUGGUCGGAAAUGGCACCUAUGGACAAGUCUACAAGGGUCGACAUGUCAAGACGGGACAACUGGCGGCCAUUAAGGUCAUGGAUGUCACAGAGGAUGAAGAGGAAGAAAUUAAGCUGGAAAUCAACAUGCUGAAGAAGUACUCCCACCAUAGAAACAUAGCCACCUACUAUGGAGCCUUCAUCAAGAAAAGUCCACCGGGCCAUGACGACCAGCUAUGGCUGGUGAUGGAGUUCUGCGGUGCCGGCUCCAUCACAGACCUGGUGAAGAACACCAAAGGCAACUCACUGAAGGAGGACUGGAUCGCCUACAUCUCCCGAGAGAUCCUCAGGGGAUUAGCUCACCUGCAUGCCCAUCACGUCAUCCAUCGUGACAUCAAAGGACAGAACGUGCUGCUGACUGAAAACGCUGAGGUCAAACUGGUGGACUUUGGUGUGAGUGCUCAGCUGGACCGGACAGUAGGACGAAGGAACACCUUCAUCGGGACGCCUUAUUGGAUGGCUCCAGAGGUCAUCGCUUGUGAUGAAAACCCAGAUGCUACCUAUGACUACAGGAGUGACCUGUGGUCAUGUGGAAUCACGGCCAUAGAGAUGGCUGAGGGAGCUCCCCCUCUUUGUGACAUGCAUCCAAUGAGAGCCCUCUUCCUUAUUCCAAGAAACCCUCCUCCUCGACUCAAGUCCAAAAAAUGGUCAAAGAAGUUCUUCAGCUUCAUUGAAGGUUGCCUGGUGAAGAAUUACACCCAGCGCCCCCCCACCGAGCAGCUGCUGAAACACCCCUUCAUCCGGGACCAGCCCAACGAGAGGCAGGUCCGCAUCCAGCUCAAAGACCACAUUGACCGGACCAAGAAGAAGAGGGGCGAGAAGGAUGAGACUGAGUAUGAAUACAGUGGUAGUGAAGAAGAGGAGGAAGAGGCAUCUGAGCAAGAAGGAGAGCCCAGCUCCAUAGUCAACGUGCCGGGUGAGUCAACCUUGCGCCGUGACUUCAUCCGCCUGCAGCAGGAGAACAAGGAGCGCUCGGAGGCUCUGCGUCGCCAGCAGCUCCUCCAGGAACAGCAGCUCCGUGAGCAGGAGGAGUACAAGCGCCAACUUCUGGCUGAGAGGCAGAAACGUAUUGAGCAGCAGAAGGAGCAAAGGAGACGGCUGGAGGAGCAACAACGGCGCGAGCGCGAGAUGAGGAGGCAGCAGGAGCGCGAGCAGCGCCGGCGUGAGCAGGAGGAGAAGAGACGCAUUGAAGAGAUGGAGCGACGCCGCAAAGAGGAGGAGGAGCGCAGGAGGGCUGAGGAGGAAAAAAGGAGGGCCGACCGAGAACAGGAGUACAUUCGCCGUCAGUUGGAGGAGGAGCAGAGGCACCUGGAGAUCUUGCAGCAGCAGCUGCUCCAUGAACAGGCCAUGCUGCUGGCUGAUGAACGAUACCGGAAGAACAUCCAGGGUUCUCCUCAGUCAGCACAGAGCAAACCACAGCAGCCUCCAGUGCCGCCACGCUCAGAGUCUUCCUACCCCAAUGGGAACUCGUCCUCUGAGGCGCCGGCCAUGCACCGGCCUGUAGAACCACAGGUGAAAGGAGUGGAGCUGCAACUGUAAUUUCCUUGACAGAGACAAUGGCAGUAAUGCUUUCUUGAAAAUCUUUCAUCUUGAAAUAGCUCUUCUGAAUAAACUAACAACUCACAACCAAUCACAUGACCUGUUGCAGGUGCCUCUGUUUUGGUAGGUGCCACAAUUUAAAAAUGUCAACAAGUUCAGCUGCUCAGGCUGCAAAUACUAAGAAUCAAAUUCAAAUGUAGCUUUUCUUUUUGGUUGUGAACCUGCCUUUUCUCCUGUUUGAACAGACCAAAUCUGAUUUUGUUUUGAGGACAUUGUGACCAUUACACUGCCAGUGUUUUGGGGUUCAUUUAUGGUGCUGUUAUUCACUUUGCAUCAUUCACCGCAUGGUGUCAAGUGAAGCCAGUUAACGGGAAAUUGUGAAAUCAGCCUAGUUUGUAACCUCACAUCCAUGUGGCAGUACCCCUCAUCUCCACUGACUCUAGAUGUUGCCUGUAUCACUUAGUCAUAAUCUAAAACAGUCUCUCUCUCAGGUGAUUCUCUUUGCUCUUGCCCUGUUGACUGGAUGUCCUGAUAGUGAUUAUAAACUUGAUCUAGAAGUAGAUGUGUUCACUAGUUGUGGUUCUUUUCUCUUAUUUCCUCUUUCCUAAGUUGUUUCUAGCUUAACUCUUUCAGGUUGUUUCAUCUGGAGAAUGGAUCCAACUAUCUGCUGUUGUUGAACGUCUCUAGUCUCCAUUUAAAUACAGGGUUGUCAUCAAUUCUAUUUCAAUUCACUGCUUUCAAAUUGUAAAUUGUGAAACUGUGUUUCAUCUCCGAGCUAAUGGCAGAAUGGGCAUUUUCAUUUUCAUAAACAAGAACAGAGAAAAUUUUAUGACACCACAAAGAAAGUGGUGGUUUCUGACAAAAGUUUUUUUUUUAAAUCGAAAAGUCUUCCUUUUUACAAAAAAAGUGGCAAUGAAAAAGAAUUGAUCCCAACCCUGAUUAAACACCCUUCUCUCAUGAUUAAGUCUUUGAUUGACAGGAUGUCCUCCUACUCGUCAAGCCAAACAAAAGUACUUUCACCAAAUGUGUAAUUAUUACAAAGUCACUUUCCCCCCAAAAUUUGCAUACAUGUGUGUGUGUGUGUGUGUGUGUGUGUGCAUAUGCGUGUGUGUGUGUGUAAACAUGAGAAUGUUUGUCUGGUGGUAUGUUGGGGGUUUGAUCUUCUCUGCUCUACAUGCUGUACCUCCUCAUUGUGUGCUGCUGAUUAAAAACAUCCAUAAUUCAUGGGCACCCAGAUUUGCAGCAGGGUGACUCAGACAGUAUUAGUCAUCUUCUCAGCAAAGAACUCAACUCACUAAGCAUGAAUAAUCGCAGUUCAUUGAAGUCAAUCUGUUUGGAAUAUGUGAAAAGAUCAAAUUAUGCAAAAAAGAAACUGUAACUUGGUAAAAUGGGGUUGGGGUGAUGAUGUAAUUCACUAGUGCGUUAUUAAGCAUGUGGCAUAAUGUUGAAAGUGGAUUAGUCAGUUUUCUCUCAUUAGCUACGAGUCAUCAAACUCAGAUGCAGCGUUGUGUUCUAACAUGUCCUUGUUACAUGCUCAUACUAAACUGUGUACUGACACAAACGUGGACAAGUUCAUUUUGAGGUCCUCUGAUUAGGGCUAAUUAAAUAAAAAUGAAAACUGCAGAAUUACUUUUGUGUCAAAAUAGCAAGAAGCUGCAGUCACAAAGUGUAUUUGUUGCUAAACCUGAUCUUAUGGUGCUGGACACAAUUUCCAGCCCACAAAUUAAACUGUGCAUUGUAAGAGAUGCUUAACUAGCAUUACAGUGCAGUACAUGUAUUUUGUUUUCAACAGGUUUUCAUACCUAAAUGACAAAACAAGCUUUUCAUCAGUGCCUUUCUAAAUGACCCAUAAGACUGUUCCAAAAACAACUCAUAUGAGCUUAAACUGAUCUGACACCUCUGUGGUAAAGUUCUGGUUCAGUUUAGACAACAAAGACUACUAAGUUGAGGUAAGAGGCUCGUGGUCACAAAGAAGGUUGUAGGAAGAUUGCAUUCAUAGUUAAAAGAAACCAAGACGAGAUGCAAACUGCCGUCUCCAUUGUCAAAAUCACAUGCUUUUUGCCCGAACCAUGAAUGUGUGCACGUUGUAUGACCUGUAUGUGUUUUUGCAACAUGUAUGUUUGCAUGCUAGCCUGUGUUCAUGCCUUGUUAAUACAAAUCAUCUCCAUGCUUGGUACUGUUGGUGAUGCUGAGUCCUCCUGAGGCCUAAAAUUGGUGAGACUACAUUGAAAGCACAAGGGAUAAUGAUAGUUUUCUUUAUAAAUGUAAUUCAAAUGAAGGAUUUCAUCUGGCUAAAAAAAACAACAAAACAUUAAGGUCUUGAUUUAAUUCAACCCUUAGAUUGUUCUGAACAGUUACAUGUAGUGUCUAUUUUUAGUUUUAGAAGAAUUGAAAGCAUUCAUGCAAUACUGAUCUUAUUCAUACUAAUUGGCAAUGGAAAUGUGUUGAAAGUUUUAAGUUUAAGUAGGUGAAACCCACAGGUUCCCUGAUGUCAGUGGUAAACUAUGUAGUGCUAGCUUUUGAAUAUUUUAUCAUUCUCAUAACGUCAUCAACAUAUUUUUCUGGAGUUCAUUUUCCUUAAAUUAUUAAAUGAAUAAAAACAGACAAUUUCCAAAGUGGUCACAGACAGAUGUACACAAGAGAUGAUAAAAGAAAAAUGAGUCUCAGUAAUAUUUGUCUCAGGAUCAGUUCAGCCUCAUUUCUUCAUUCACUGUCUGCUUUUUGUUAAUGUUACUGUCUUGUUUGAAUUGUUGUUCUUCCCCUGUGUCACUCUAAGAAAUCAAAAGUAUGACAUGAUACCUUUUGUUGCUCAGGCUGCACCUUUUUCCAAAUCAGUUAUUGAUUAAAUUUGUGAUUGGAAUAAUAGUUCUUACAGUGCAAUUUCUGCUCCCCCGAAAGGUUCAGCCUCAGUGACAACAGGUACAAACUGUACAUACCUUUAUUUCAUGAGUCUUUCUUCUCUCCUCCCAUUGCUCAUUAAAAACUUGGGUUCUUUAGGGGCUCUGCUAAGAUUUGGACCAACACAACAAAACACAACAAAAAUGUUGUUAAAUUUUCUCUCAAAAAUGAAAAAACAAAACAAAACACUACAGCAGCUAAGUUCAUUGUUAAGUUCCUCCUCUGUAGUUAAAGACAGUUAGAGCUGAUCCAGUAUCAACUGUAUCUUAAUGCAGUUGUUCUGCCUUGGUUCUUGAGCGCCGAUGAUUCUAUAUUCUGCCAGGGUCAUCGCUUGUAUUCACUCAUGUCAGGUUUUAAAUGGUCCCUGACUCAGUAUCAGACUCAGGAGAAUAGGAAUCAGAAGAGCUCUGGGCACAGAUAACCAUGAUUGGAAAUCACUGUUCCUUGAAGAGAGUUCCACAAAGAACCCCUCUGUAGUCCCUAUCACACAUGCUCUCUGUUAGAUAAAUGUGAAUGCGCUAUUGGAGAUUAUAAAACAGGCAGUAGAAUUUGCUAUCUAAUAAAUGAGAACAUUUAUCAGGAAAUUCAAUGACAAUGGUCAUUAAUUAAGACUUUAACAGCAAAAUAAUUUUUAAAAUCCAUUAGUGAUGCUCACUGAUGAUAAAAUUAUCGUGCAAGCAUUGUGGCUGUUUCCAUAAAUGUCAUGUCCCAAUGAUGUUGUAACCAACACCUUAUUGAUAAAUUAUUGAUGAAUGAUAAAAGACCUUCAAUCUAACACAUGGAUGAAGCCAGCAAUGUCAGAUAUUCAAUGUCUGAAAAAGCCUCAUGUUGAAGCUUCAUGUCAGUGUUCCUGAACCUUUUACAGAGGGGUUCCUCAAGGAACUGUUUUAGGCUUCCCUAUGGCUCCAAUCUGACAAGCCCCUAAAGAUACACUGAAGCCCCUGUUCUCAUCAGAGUGCACUGCAUGCACACUGACCCAUCCUCCCCCAAUGUGUUCUGUUUUUGUCGU